AUGGUGAGCAGUGUGUUGUGCCGCUGUGUGGCUUCCCCACUGCCGGACGCCGCAGCCACCGCCUAGCCGUCCGCCUCAUCGCCAGCGUCUGUGGACCCUUGCAGCGGCACCGUCUGCGGGGGACCGGACCACCGGCUGCGCCUUUGGAGCCUUUUCCAGACUCUCGAAGUCAACCGCGAAGGCCGCCUGUGUGUCAACGACCUGACCAUGGGACUUCGGCUCCUGGGACUGCACCGCACAGAGGGCGAGAUCCGGAAAAUUGUACAAGCUGGCGACAAAGACCUCGAUGGGCAACUAGACUUUGAAGAGUUUGCCCAUUAUUGCCAAGAUCACGAGAAGAAACUGAGGCUGGUAUUCAAGAGUUUGGACAAGAAGAAUGAUGGAUGGAUCGACGCGCAGGAGAUCAUGCAGUCCCUGCGGGACCUGGGAGUCAAGAUAUCUGAACAGCAGGCAGAAAAAAUCCUCAAGAGCAUGGACAAGAACGGUACGACGACCAUCGACUGGAACGAGUGGCGAGACUAUCGCCUCCUGCAUCCCGUGGAAAACAUCCCUGAGAUCAUCCUGUACUGGAAGCAUUCCACGAUCUUUGAUAUGGGUGAGAAUCUGACGGUCCCCGAUGAGUUCACGGCGGAGGAGAGGCAGACAGGGAUGUGGUGGAGACACCUGGUGGCUGGCGGUGGGGCGGGGGCUGUAUCGAGAACCUGCACGGCUCCCUUGGACAGACUCAAGGUGCUCAUGCAGGUCCACACCUCCCGCAGGAACAACAUGUGCAUCGUGGGUGGCUUCACCCAGAUGAUUCGAGCAGGAGGGGCCAAAUCACUCUGGCGGGGCAACGGCAUCAACGUCCUCAAAACUGCCCCCGAGUCGGCCAUCAAGUUCAUGGCCUAUGACCAGAUCAAGUGUCUCAUUCGGAGUGACCAAGAGACUCUGAAGAUUCGCGAGAGGCUUGUGGCAGGGUCCUUGGCAGGGGCCAUCGCCCAGAGCAGCAGCUACCCGAUGGAGGUCUUGAAGACCCGCAUGGCCCUGCGCAACACAGGCCAGUACUCGGGCAUGCUGGACUGUGCCAGGAAGAUCCUAGCCAGAGAGGGCAUGGCCGCCUUCUACAAAGGCUAUGUUCCCAACAUGCUGGGGAUCAUCCCCUACGCUGGGAUAGACCUGGCCGUCUACGACAUGCUCAAGAAUGCCUGGCUGCAGUGCUAUGCAGUGAACAGCGCACACCCCAGAGUGUUUGUGCUCCUGCCCUGUGGCACCGUGUCCAGCGCCUGUGGCCAGCUGGCCAGCUACCCACUGGCCCUGGUCAGGACCCGGAUGCAGGCCCAAGCCUCCAUUGAGGGCUCUCCGGAGGUGACCAUGAUCAGCCUCUUCAAACAGAUUCUGUGGACAAAGGGGGCCUUUGACCUGUACUGGGGGCUGGCCCCCAACUUCAGGAAGGUGAUUCCGGCCGUGAGCAUCAGCUACAUGGUGUACGAGAACCUGAAGAUCACCCUAGGCGUGCAGUCGCAGUGACGGGAGGGAGGCCAGCCUGCCCACGGACUCGCUGAUCCUGGGCCUGCAGCCCCGGGGUGUGUAGCCAUCUCAUUCUGUGAA